CUGCCCUUUGGAGACAAACCAUUUUACUUGUAGUGUCUGCAUCAAGUCUGGAAGCAAGGGCUCAAUUUUAACAGAAUCCACCUAAAAAUCUCUCCCUUAACUUAUGCCUACCUUCCGGCACUCUGAGUGAGAAUAUCACGGGACAAGGAGGGGGGGAUAAAGACGCCUCGGGAAAAUCCGGGUGUUAAUAGGACAAUAUCUGUUCGCGGUGGAGAGGGGAGAGAGACAACUGCACAGCGAGAGAGAGAAAACCGAUUUGGUCUUGAGAGAGAGGGGGGUGAGUGCUCUCAAGGCAGAAAAUUCGAUGAUGACCAUGACUACGAUGGCUGACGGUCUGGAGGCUCAGGACUCGUCCAAGUCUGCUUUCAUGGAGUUUGGGCAGCAGUCGCACUCACAGCAGAGCUCCCCGUCGAUGGCCAGCGGCCACUACCCGCUGCACUGUCUCCACUCCGGCUCACACGCUCACCACCAGCACGACAACUCCCCGUACACCGGGAGCAACACCUACAACAGGUCGUUACCCUACCCCUACGUGAGCCAUCCGCACCACAGCCCGUACCUGCCAUCCUAUCACAACAACACGGGAGGACAGACAAGGUUAGACGGCACAGAGCAGCAGAAAACGACAGUGAUUGAAAAUGGGGAAAUUCGGUUUAAUGGGAAAGGCAAGAAGAUUCGCAAACCUCGGACGAUUUACUCCAGUUUGCAGCUUCAGGCGCUGAACCACCGCUUCCAGCAAACACAGUACCUCGCUUUACCGGAGCGCGCCGAGCUGGCUGCCUCUCUAGGACUGACACAAACCCAGGUAAAGAUUUGGUUCCAGAACAAAAGGUCAAAGUUCAAGAAGCUGCUGAAACAAGGAGGCAACCCGCACGAGAGCGACCCCAUACCGGGCUCCAUGUCCCUCUCCCCCCGCUCCCCGACCAUCCCUCCAAUCUGGGACGUCUCGGCCUCUUCCAAAGGAGUAAACAUGCCGGCCAACAGCUACAUGCCCGGCUACUCUCACUGGUAUUCCUCCCCACAUCAAGAUUCAAUGCAGAGAUAGACUGACGAGGCAAGAAGGUCAGCGAGCUGUGUGAAGGCCUCCGGAUCUCCGCCGUGCAGUUUCCAACGUAGCCUACAAUUUGUGUCAGCGCAGAGACUGGAUGCUGGAGAGGAGACGACAAAAAAAACCCCUCCUGUGCUCCUCUUCUGCUGAAGGAUAAAAACGGCAGCAGAGCCUCGGUGUGAUGACACAAACAAGGGAACUAACCAUUUUUUUUAAAGCGUACGUGGCUGUUCAGUGGCCUCGCAUAUUUGUUAUGCUUUCAUUCAUGUCAACAUCUGAACGUCAAUAUACCAAAUAUUAUCAGUGACAUUUUCGCCACUUUGGGACAAAGACUGCUUACACGCUCAGCACGCUGUGGCGCCCAGAACCUUUAGCCAUGGUGGACUCCUGACUGCUUUUUUUUAUUAUUAUUUUUAUUUUGGUUCUUUCUCCAACAUGCAAAACCAAGCAAAUUGUCUGUGUGUAAAUAUAAUCUGCGAUUUUAGUUGUACAUAUACUUUUUAUGUUUUGUCAGAUCGAGUAAACCGUGACUCAAAA